UUGCAUUAGAGAGAGAGAGAGAGAAGUUAGAAAGCUAGAGUGAUACAGAGAGAAGAACAAGCAAGUCAACGUACUGUGCAUACUGACAAAGAGGACCAACCACUCCAAGAAGAUAAGCAGAAUACCGGACUUAAACACUUUUACGUUCUUGGGCUCCCUGUGGUCUUCUCUUGGUCUCCUUGUGGUCUGCUUGCGGUUCUGCUUCCUCGUGGAGGAAUUUGAAGUCAUGGCUGGGACAGAAGAGCUGUCGUUCAGCGAGGCCAUCAUGGCAGCGGGUGACGCAUUCCACCGCUUCCCCCUGAUCAAGAUCCAAGGGGUCCCUCUCAUGUGCCACAUUGUCCACAACUGGGACUCUAUCAGGGCCUUCUGCCCCGAUCCCUCCGAUCUCCUCAUUGCCACCUACCCCAAAGCAGGAACCACGUGGACCCAGGAGAUUGUGGACCUGCUGCUUAACAACGGAGACGCAGAGGUCGCAAGGAGAGCACCCACCUCCUUCCGAAUCCCCUUCCUGGAGAUCCACUCCCCCCCGCCCAUCCCCUCUGGCUUGAGCCUCCUUAAAAWAAUGGACCCCCCAAGGGUCAUCAAGACCCAUCUGCCUUUCAAGUUGGUGCCCGAAGGGUUCUGGAAAAACAAAUGCAAGGCUAUCUAUGUUGCGAGGAAUGCUAAGGACAACCUGGUCAGCUACUACCACUUUGACCGCAUGAAUCUAACCCAGCCUGAGCCUGGACCGUGGGACGGCUACAUCCACAAGUUCAUGAAUGGAGAACUGGCAUGGGGGUCCUGGUACGACCAUGUGAAGGGUUACUGGGAGGAACGAGAGAAGAGGAAUAUACUCUACAUUUUCUAUGAAGACAUGAAAGAGAAUCCUCAACGAGAAGUGGAGCGCAUCAUGCGCUACCUUGAUCUGUCGCUCGCUGAUGAUGUCAUCAGCCGCAUUGUGGAGCUGACCUCCUUUAAGACCAUGAAGGAGAACCCGAUGACCAACUACUCCUUUAUCCCCAAACCAGUCUUUGACCACUCCAUCUCCCCCUUCAUGAGAAAAGGUGUAGUAGGUGAUUGGACCAAUCAUUUCUCCCCUGCCCAGGCACAACUGUUUGAUGAAGACUACGAAAGAAAAAUGAAGGAUGCUGACAUCCCUUUCCGGACUGACAUCUAGUGGGAUUUUCCUYUCUGUAUUUCCAACACAAUGCAACUGGGCAGACUUUUACCAUACGAGGUCGGAAUCACUACCAGUUGAACAUUUUCCAAUGUUGUGGGAUUUGUGACAAGCCAAAUGAAAGUAUCAAAACACACAACACACUCCAAUAUUGCUUAGAUGUAGACCRUUUAUUUGAAUGUUUGUCCGCUUAUGCAGAUGUACUGUUGAGAGUGAACCAUUGAUUUUAUGUCUUGAAAAUCAGCCCGUUGUUAAAAAUAGUCAAUAAAAUGUGCUUCACAA